UGCUGCUGCUGCUGCUGCGUUCGUGGCUACCCACCGCAGUUUUCCGGUCUCCUUCUAUCCCCACGGAUUUCCUUGGAUACCUAGCGGAUGCUACCCAUAACACUGCACCCCAGCAUCUCUUCUCGAAAGUCCGCUUUCAAUGCCAGUCGUUGAGAAUGAUUUCCGUGUGUCACUACUUCUGAAUUGUCGGUGUUAAUCGGGGAGGGGUAGCGAGAAGAGCGUUUGUACGACUGGACAUUAUUCGAAGGAAUGCCAGUACCAGACCAGCUCUCUGACACAGACAACUCCAGCAUGUUGAGCCCAGUACUGAACGCCUCCAAUGGAGAUGGAUCUGAGACAGAGACCACAUCUGCCAUCUUGGCCUCUGUUAAAGAACAGGAGCUGCAAUUUGAGCGACUGACGAGAGAGUUGGAGGCUGAGAGGCAGAUUGUUGCCACCCAGUUGGAGAGAUGCAAGCUGGGAUCUGAGACCGGAAGCAUGAGCAGCAUCAGUUCUGCCGAUGAGAAGUUUCGCUGGAACAACCAAGAUGGACAGAAGGAUAUAGAGGAAGAGCUCACCACAGGUCUGGAACUUGUAGAUUCCUGCAUCCGAUCUCUUCAAGAGUCUGGUAUUCUGGAUUCACAGGAAUUUACUACAGGCGAAAGACCUGGCAUCCUCUCUCAGAGUGCUUUGCAGCUCAAUAAUCAAGAGGGCACCUUUUCCUAUCCAGUCAGUUACCAUAGCAACCAGACCCUGGCCCUUGGCGACCUGUCGGCCUCCCAGCACCCUCGCAGUGGUCAGGUGGGAGGAGCCUUACAUGGCUAUAAUCAGGCUUUGGGCUCCCCUUCCAAACUCCAGAGGCUGGGCUCAGCCGCCGACAUGCCCAGCUAUGCCACUCUGGCACGGGUGUCUUCGCCCAAGCAGUCCCCGAGCCGGUUGGCUAAGUCCUACAGCACCAGCUCUCCCAUCAACAUGGCGGCAGGUGGAGGGUCAUCCGCUUCACCUCUGCACAUGGCUGUUGGAGCAGGCAAUGUUUCCAGCUCAUCUCCAUUACACCAGCUCAGCGCUGCAGUAGGAAGCUACGCCACUCUGUCCCCCAAGCGCAUGCUCCACACCACUGAUCAGUACAAGAUCUCUCAUGAUCUGUAUGCCAACGCCACUCUUCAGAGGCCUGGCAGUCUGGCAGGGUCCAGAGGUUCAUACAGCAGUCAGCACAGUCACCUGGGUUCAGAGCUUAGGCCCCUGCAGUCGCCUGAGCACCACAUCGACCCCAUUUAUGAGGACAGAGUCUACCAGAAAGCUCCAAUGAGAAACUUUAACCAAGGCCAGGUCCCUUCCUCUCCUGGUGUUGACUCCAUACCCUUGCAACGCACAGGAAGUCAGAAUGCCACAGGAACAUUCCCUCGUUCUGGCUAUGCAACUGGCCCUGGUGCCUCCACUGCAGACUAUGCCAACCCCUACCGUACACUACAGUUCUGCCCCUCUACAGACUCCCCCUACAGUAAAUCAGGGCCUGCUCUGCCCCCAGAGGCAACACUGGUCAGGUCAACCUCCGUGGACAGCAUCCAGAAGGACCCCAGGUACGACCCUGAAUUCCUUGUCUGGAAUCAAAAUCAAGCCGAGCAAAGAAUGACAAAGGAGUUUGGCUGGAGGGAUCCUGAACUGCCGGAGGUCAUCCAAAUGCUGCAGCACCAGUUUCCAUCUGUACAGUCCAACGCUGCAGCCUACCUCCAGCAUUUGUGCUUUGGAGACAACAAAAUCAAAUCAGAGAUACGGAGGCAGGGUGGGAUUCAGCUUCUAGUGGACUUGCUGGAUCACCGCAUGACUGACGUGCACAGGAGUGCCUGUGGUGCACUAAGGAACCUGGUUUACGGCAAGGUCAAUGAUGACAACAAGAUCGCCCUGAAGAACUGCGGUGGGAUCCCAGCGCUUGUGAGACUCCUGCGCAAGACUACAGACGUGGAGAUCAGAGAGCUGCUCACAGGUGUGCUGUGGAACUUGUCCUCGUGUGAUGCUCUGAAGAUGCCCAUAAUUCAGGAUGCUUUGGCAGUGCUGACCAACACAGUCAUUAUUCCUCACUCAGGCUGGGACACCUCCCCCCACCAGGACGACCAAAAGCUCAACCUGCAUUCCUCACAGGUGCUCCGCAAUGCUACUGGUUGCCUCAGGAAUGUGAGCUCAGCUGGAGAAGAGGCCCGCCGCAGGAUGAGAGAGUGUGAGGGGCUGACUGAUGCUCUGCUCUAUGUCAUACAGAUAGCCCUGGGCACCAGUGAGAUCGACAGCAAGACCAUCGAGAACUGUGUGUGUAUCCUGCGGAACCUGUCGUACAGGUUGGCGGCGGAGACAUCUCAGGGUCAGCAGAUGGGAUCAGAGGAGCUGGAUGGGGUUCUGUGCACCGAUGCCAGCGGGAAGGAUGCGGAGAGCUCCGGCUGCUGGGGCAAGAAGAAAAAGAAAAAGAAGAGCCACGAUCAGUGGGAUGGUGUUGGGCCUUUCCCAGACUCCAGUGACCCUCCUAAGGGAUUGCAGAUGCUGUGGCACCCAUCCAUAGUGAAACCGUACCUCACUCUGCUGUCUGAGUGUUCAAACCCGGACACACUGGAGGGAGCAGCUGGGGCUCUACAGAACCUAGCAGCGGGUAGCUGGAAGGUAGGCCCCACCUUAAAACCUUGGUCAGUGUAUAUUCGCGCAGCAGUAAGGAAAGAGAAAGGAUUGCCCAUUCUGGUGGAGCUGUUGAGAAUAGACAAUGACCGGGUAGUGUGUGCUGUGGCCACAGCUCUCCGAAACAUGGCCCUUGAUGUCAGGAACAAGGAACUCAUUGGCAAGUAUGCCAUGAGGGAUCUGGUUCAUCGCCUACCAGGGGGCAACAAUAACAACAGCACUGGCACCGGCAGCAGCGGCAAGAGCAUGUCUGAUGACACUAUCACAGCUAUCUGCUGCGCUUUGCACGAGGUCAUCACCAAGAACAUGGAGAACACAAAGGCCCUUCGUGAUGCCGGUGGCAUUGACAAACUUAUUGGCAUUGCCCGCAGCAAAGGAGACAAACACACGCCAAAGGUGGUGAAAGCAGCAUCUCAAGUCCUGAACAGCAUGUGGCAAUACAGAGAUUUGCGAAGCCUCUAUAAGAAGGACGGCUAUUCUCAGUAUCACUUUGUCGGCUCUUCAUCUACAAUUGAGAGAGACAGACAACGACCUUAUUCCUCCUCUCGCACUCCAUCUAUCUCUCCUGUCCGGACCUCACCCAAUAAUCGAUCAGCAAGUGCCCCCACCUCCCCUCGAGAAAUGAUGAGCUUGAAGGAGAGGAAGAUAGAUUAUGAGUCAGCUGGAAUGAAUUCUGGUUACCAUGGAGACAAGGGUGAGCACACCUCCAGAAAAGACGCCAUGGCAGCUCAAAUCUCCAGUGGAACAUCUACGCUGUUCCGAGGUGCUUACAUGUCUCCUGGGGAUGACAUCAAACAUAACCAGGUCUCCGCUCAAGGCAAGCCUCCUGAGGCUUACCCUCCCUUCCAAACUCCACCAGGAGCCAACUUUGAGGAGACGUACUAUGAUGACCAAGCACAUAAACGCCCCCCACCCCCCAGCGAUGGCAUCAUGCACCUGGGACUGAAGUCCACAGGAAACUACGUGGACUUUUAUUCAGCGUCCCGCCCUUACAGUGAACUCAACUAUGAGACGAGCCACUACCCUGCCUCGCCGGACUCCUGGGUGUAGAGGCAUAAAGGCAGGCUGGAGGCUGAUCUAUGAACACAAUUCACAGAGGCCAGCCCGGCAUGUGCAUGAACUCUAGUAGACAUCUCACACACAUAUACCUUCAGUUUGGUUCAGUGCUCGCACCACAGUUGGCUGCCACUCAGCCCUUGAGCAAAGUUAGCAAAGUGCUGGAAAGAGAGAAGAUUUUAGGGAAGGGAUUUCCAAGGAGCUCAAGGAAUGUGUUUUUUUCUGAAUGGACCACUAGAAUUUUGAUGUUUUUUCAAAGCAGUGGAGAGAAUCUAAAUGUAAACGGGAAAGCAGUAAAUAUGUGGUGAAGUGAUAGGACAUUUAUGUGAAGCACAAGAAAACACAAGCAAAGGAAGUAGUUUUCACACAUUUUAUGACAUUUCUUUAUGUGAAACCAUGCUUUUAUGGAGUGCUCUCUCACUCUUAGCCUUUAUAUAUAUUUUUCUUUUGUGUUUUUUUUUUAUUUGCUUGUUUUUUGUACCUCCUUUUUAACUUCUUUGGUGUAAAGUACUUGUUGUAUAUUACAGAUGUAGAUACAAGGUGCAUUGUGUAUAUUACGCAAAGACUACUGUGUCUUCCCAUGUGGUUCAAUAUGUCAUUUUAUUUUCCUGUAUUUUAAAAGAGAAAGAGAAAUACACACUCAACUCCAGCAUUCUCUUCUGUAGGUAAGAUGUGCUGCAGAAAAGAUAUAAUUCAAAUGUGUAGUUUGCUCUAUUGUAAUUUUUCAUUCUUUUUUCUAAAAAUACCUGACGACAGAGCGUCACUGCCUGGACAAAUUUUUACCACCAACAAUAAGAACAUUUUCAGGCCUGUCUGUCAAUUUUUUCUCCACUCUGCACAUUUAGACAAGCUCUUUUUUUUCUAACCAUACUGACAUGAAAACUGGUCAUUCCACAAGCCACUGAGUAAUCUGUGCUUAGUUUUGUAAAAUGUGCCAAAUGUGGUAAUCCCUAACCUGAGGGGUGCUGUAGAACUGCCGUUGAAGUUACAUUUAACGACACCGGUUCAACCGCCGCCUGUUUGUAAAUGCUUUUUUUAUAUGUUUCAACAGCAUUCACCCUGAAAGUGGAGGGGCAUGGUCUUUGAGAGCUACUUUCUCUCCAAAGAUGUACAAUUCGUUUCGCCGUGUUGUAAAAUAGUUUUGCGAAAUCUGCUUUUUUCUUCCAGAAAUCAGUGGUUCUUAAACUCAUCGUAGAUAAAUAUGUCAAUAGAGUAUGGAUAUAUAUUAUAUAAAUACAAAUAUAUAUAUACUUUUUAUGUGCAGAUGUGGAUGUCACCUAAUGCAGGAACAUUGCAAGGAAAAUUGCUAUUAAAAAAAAAGAAAAAGUAAAGGCAUAGGGUUUUGACAACCUUCAUUUUUAAUCCAAAUGUUGACCUCCUGUUGUCAUGUUGCUCUGUAAAACAGGCGAGACCAGGGCUUAGGGCACAGAGAGGACAGAUGUAAUAAAGCUUCUCAUAUUUACUUGAAAAGGUGCUAACACUACAGUAUGCUCACUCUAACUCCUUGUGGUGUCAAAAUUACAUGUUUUGCCUAUGAUGCUAGCUUAUAUUAAAGCAGUUUGAAUGUUUCAUAUCCUUAGUGAAAUCCCCCUAAUAUAUGUCUUAUUUCCUGCAAAGCAUAUAGAUGCACCUAAAAAAGGUUUUGUUUGCCUAUACCUUGUGUCUCAGGUCAUCUUACCUUUACUUGGCUGAAGAAGAUGGGCGAAAAUUCUGUAGUGAGUAGAACUGAAAGGAUAACAGAGAAGAAUGAUGCCACCCUAUAUUUUUAUAUGAUUUGAAACUUUACAACUCAAGUCUGGCAGAUUUUAGGAAGUGUGGUAACAAGCCCUGGUCUUCCCUUCAUAUCAUCUUAAACUUAGAGAUAAUUGUUUGAUGCAAGGAUUCAGGAUCUAACACCCAAACUCGCAUAUCUUUCAGUACCACUGAUAGUAAAAUGUCUGAGAGCAAGCAAAAUAUCUGUGAAAAAGUAGACAUAUCAGACAACCUGUAUUGAAUAUGUAAUUACAACUUUUUUUUCUGUUGCUAGACAAAGUGUUUGAGAGAAAUGUGAACCUUUUUAAUGCCAGGUUGCAACUGCUAUAUAAACUAA